GUUGCUUUUUUUUCCUCGCGUAUUCAGAGCCAGCGACUCCUUCGACGGCCUCGUCGAGAGGAGGGGAUUUUGCGAGCAGGCCGUUCGCUAGCUCUUAGCUUUGUGCUAUCUUUGCCGAGCAAGGCCUCUCAGAAGCGCGCCUCACUUUAUCCAAGCCGCAGACGCAGCUGAACUUUGAAAUCGGCGGUCGCUGAUAGUAACUGGGCGCCUGCGCUGAGAAUGGGUUGGUUGUAUCAGGGUUACGAUCACCGACAAGUUCCAUUGCGAAUCCUCUCUUUUCUAUGUGUGGUCAGCGCCAGGUGUCAAUGUUGCGGCCGGGGCCGGCCCCCACUCGCCUAUUGCAUCACUAACGAUCGCCGCAGCAAGAUUUUGAAACGCUGUGCCGUUUCAAAUUUUAUUUUGCUUGGAAUCAACGUAACCAACCUUCAUGGAGCCCAAAGGGAGUGUGACUCGCCGAUGGUAGCAGCUGAUGCCUUUCAUAACGUAUCGCUAGCGCCACCAGCGCCCAGCCAUAUCCGGCUCUACGCUUUCAGAUGCGAUGACUCUACAAGCAAUCUGGUCCUACUUUUACAACACUCCUACAGAAUCGUCACAACACGAACUAAUAGACCUGCGUUAGCGGGGGCAAGAGCAUGGCCACGAUCAUCAGCAUGCGUGUCAGCAUCAGCAUCAGCAGCUUGGAUGUCAAUAAAUCCGCCAUAUCUUACAAGAAUCUCCCACCAAUUCGGAGCAACUUGAACAUCAUCUCACCAUCCGAGCAAGAGUAGCGAGCAGAUGCUACCAUCUCGCAUUUGCACCAAGCUAUUCAACGCCAACCAAUAUCCAUUGCAAACAUUCACAUUUCACACCAUCGAAAGACA